UUCAACCACCACCGUACCUCAAAUGGACAGCGCUGAAUUCCACGCAGCCGUGUACGAAAUGGUCCGAUGCAUACCUCCGUUGAAGGUCACCAGCUACGGCCAUAUCGCAAAACUCAUAGGAAUGCCUGCUCACUCUCGGCAUGUUGGGCAGGCUCUCAAGUUUGUCUCGCCCGACGUCCAACCGCCAAUCCCAUGGUAUCGAGUCAUUGGCGCGUCAGGGAAGAUCUCAUCUCGUGGACCGGGAACGAAUGGUGCACAACGACAACGAGAGGAACUGGAGGCCGAGGGUGUCGCCGUCUCUAUCAGUCGCUCAGGAGAACUGCGCGUCGACUUGCGAGAGUACGGUUGGUUCCCUGCACCUGGCACGGUGGGGGGAGGACAAGCGCCGGGCGCGGGUCAAGCUCUUGAUCAGGCUCAAGUCGCCGGCGCGCCACAACAAAGCGCGCCCGCCGACGAGGAGUCAGAUCUUUCCGAACUCGAAGAUUCCGAUGGAUAAGGAAAUAAUUUCAAAGUACAGCGCGCCAGCGCAGGUCGUAAAUACAAGGAAAGUACAAGGUUGGAAGAGUGUAAGUGAAGAGUUCCGCGUAGGUGAAGUAUCCUGAAAGGGUAGUCCAUUGUUCGUUCGUGCGACGAGCUGCGUCCAGCGCAACGCGUCGGGUCCAUUCCUCCAUCUCACAGACCCUUGAAGCUAAAGGGCGGCAGAGUGUCCGGAUCCCACGAGGCCCUGGCCUUCCGCAUCUCGGUACGGACAUGGUCGGCUGCUUUGGCCUCUCCAAGGCGCCGCACCACCUUCGCCUGCGACCUCCGCUUCUUCGCGCUGUUCGUGAGCUCCGGCG